AUGACACGACCGUCAGUGGCGGCCCUAGGUCGCGCAACCACGAGAUCACUCAAGCGGUCAGCGCAACGAAGGGGUUACGCAGCAGCGGCAUCAUCAGCAAAGCUCAAUAAACCAAUAGAUUUCAGGAAAAGUAUAGUACUCAAUCAGUCCGAAGCAGCAGCUCGGAAAGCAUUCAAGCUUGAGAAUGACGCUCCUGUGGACUUCCAGAACCUACAUUCAGCAAUCAACACGUCAAUGCACCAUGCUAUGAAAACGGAUGAAUCGGUCCUACUGUUCGGCGAAGACGUUGCCUUCGGAGGCGUGUUCCGAUGCUCGAAGGGACUAACAGACGAGUUUGGCACAACGCGAGUGUUCAACACGCCUCUAUCAGAGCAAGGCAUUGUCGGCUUCGGUAUCGGCUGUGCUGCGGAGGGCAUGAAGCCUAUCGCUGAGAUACAAUUUGCCGACUACGUAUUUCCAGCUUUCGAUCAGAUUGUGAAUGAGGCCGCAAAGUUUCGCUACCGAGAAGGUGGCACUGGUGGACAUUGUGGCGGUCUGGUUAUACGAAUGCCAUGUGGCAGCGUGGGUCACGGCGCCCUGUACCAUUCGCAGAGUCCAGAGUCACUGUUCUCGCACGUUCCCGGAAUGCGAGUUGUCAUGCCUCGAUCUCCAGCACAGGCCAAAGGUAUGCUCACGAGUGCAAUACUGCAUAGUAACGAUCCCGUGAUCUUUAUGGAGCCUAAGAUCCUGUAUCGAGCUUCGGAAGAAUAUGUACCCCGAGAUCCCUACACACUACCUCUUGACAAGGCGGAGGUUGUCAAGGAGGGCAAAGAUCUGACUGUCAUCUCGUACGGCCAGCCGAUGUACCUUUGCGGAGCCGCAAUAGAUGCCCUAGAGAAGGAGAUCAAAGGCCUGAAUAUCGAGCUUGUCGAUCUGCGAGCGAUCUAUCCUUGGGACCGGGAGACUGUCCUCAAGAGUGUGAACAAGACCGGCCGAGCCGUCGUCGUACAUGAAAGCAUGCUCAAUGCGGGUGUGGGAGCUGAAGUUGCUGCAAGUAUUCAAGAAGGUGCAUUCCUGCGUCUUGAGGCACCAGUUGCCAGGGUGACAGGCUGGUCCGUCCAUUCUGGCUUGAUAUUCGAAAAGUUCAACGUACCGGACAUCGUCAGAAUUUAUGACGCUAUCAAGAGGACACUCAAUUACUGA